GAAGUCUUAUCACAAACAGGUGUCAACAACAUGAUAAGGUGAGCGGCAAAGUGUGCCAUUUAACUUCCACAGUCGUUGACAACGACCACAAAAAAACAUCGGCGCUCAGUUAACGUCUGAAAUCGCGUUCAGAUAACUUUAGAAACUAGUUAAAUGCAAAAAUAACGUACACAAAAAAAGCUUGGAGUUCGAAUAGUGUAAAAGAGUGCAAUGAAAUCCAAAACUGGACCGUCUGCUACUAAGACGAUUGAACCAAUCUUCCCCACCACUUAAAGCCUCGAACAAUGGGGAACGUUUCUCAAGAUUCGACACCAAAACUGGCUCAUCAUUUAUCAGAAUUCGUAACGUAUGAAGUCACUGCUGGCCUUGCGUUUGCUGGGAACCUUUUAGUUUGUAUCCUUUUCUUCAGAAAGAAAACCCUGCUCAAGAAGUCUUAUAAUAUGUAUUUCCUGGGUUUGGCACUUCUAGACAUCCUUAUUGCUGUCACCAUGGCAAUCACCUACGCGAUUGUUCUCAUUGACGUCAUACCCUUUUCUUUUGGAAAUCGGCGCCUCGGGGAAUUUGUGUGUAGAGUAUUAUGGUCUCGAUGGUUAUUGUACUGCUUAUUUGCAUUGUCAGUGUACAUUUGCCUGUUUUUGACAAUUGAGCGGUGGUAUGCUGUUGUCAGACCUUUAAACUACCAAGGCACAUCAAAUAAGAAAAGGGUUAUUAUUUCUAUAGUGAUAGCGACAGUUUUUGCUUUGAUUUUUACUUGUACUUUUCCAAUGGAAGUCUCCUAUCUUUCUGGAUUAUCUGGUCAUACAAUGACCUGUGUCUGGAAACCAGUAACUGGUUACUCUAGUGGUGUUUGGGGUGUGUUUCAGUUCAUUGGUUUAUUAUUUGUCCCAUCGUUGAUUAUGAUAGGAUUGUUUUGUCACAUCAUUUACAAAAAACAAGUCACUGUCAUGCCAAUGCACGACUUUAGAAGCCGUCGUCAUAGUAACAUGAUUACACAAACAGUACACACCACACAGCGCACUGUUACUAAGAUGAUUGCAACAGCAUCUAUUUUUAUGAUCCUUUGUUGGGCACCAAAUCAAGUUUACUAUUUAUUGUCCAGAUUUGGCAUUUUGAAACGAGAUUCCACAAUACACCAUUACUUGGAAGCUUUGACAUUUUUCAAUUCAUGUGUGAAUCCUGUCAUAUAUGGAGUUACUAGUCAAACAUUCCGCAAAGGAUACUGGGAAGUCUUUUUAGGUCUUUGUCCUGCAAGCAUUCGUCUUCGGCUAGCACAAAGUCGUGGAGGACUUGGAGAGACUGUAGGAAGUGUUGUAUUUCUUGUGCAUACUCUUCAUCGCCGUCGUUCAUAUGAUUGGCGUUUUGAAGGAAUUCGUGCAUCUGUAGCUGUCCAGGUAGAAAAUAAUCCAACAAUGAGCAGUGAUGCCAUAGCAGUUCCACAAUCCUUACAUAUUUAAAUUUCAGGAAAAUGAUCCAAGUUAUAAAAUGCAACAAUAUUGGAAUAUGAGAAAUACAGGAAUAAUUUAGUAGUAAAUAAAAUAUU